ACCCCAUUCAACUCACCCAUCAAAUAAGUUUGUUCAUUAUUCAGUAUAGUUGGUCAAACGCGGAGAAAAGUGUGUCAAAAGCUUUAACUUUCGCCUCUAGCUGUUGUUUAGCCUUAUAAUCUCGAGCGACCUCGACUACUCUCCUGCGCCGACGAACAGCCUCGUUACUAGGAAGCCGGUUCUCUUUUGCCUAUAACUGGAGUGCUAUUCAGCGCGACUAGAAUGCAAGCAGGCCGCGGCCCUUUUGUGCGGCCCAUCACCCCACAGGGCUUGAACCGGACAGAUGAAUCUUAAAAAUAAUUAUAAUAAUUAAUAGGCCCUUCGCCCCCUUCCCUUUUAAUUACGCCUGGCCCUGUGACAAAUUUUAUGAUCACUCAGGUAAACAUGUUGCUUUUUUAUAAGGAAAUAUAUGAGCGGGUCAGCUCGGUGCUGCGUCUGACCCUCUGAGCAAAAAUAACUCUUCCUCUUCUUCUUCUUCUCUAAACUCCUGAGCUCCUAGCGGAGCAUAAGCCGGUAACCAUCGCUUUCCAGUGGGUCCUGUUUUGCGCAACUUUCUUUGCGGCAGCCCAAGUUGUUCCCUGUUCUUUUAGCUCCGCCAUACGAGUUCGCCUCUAUGACUGGCUCGGUCUCCCCCUCCUUCGUUUCCCCUGCGGGCUCCACUCCACUGCUGCCUUCGCUAUACUGCCGUCAGGUCUCCUGAGGGUGCGACCAAUCCACUGCCAAACCCUUCUUUUCAGCUCAAGCUCCAAAGGUUUCUGACCCUUCUAAGAUAACCCUUAGUACGCGUUUAUCCUUCAUUGAAAGAUUGCGUGACCAGCCCAAAUAGACUGGCGUGAGCUCGAAGCUUUCCCAGAAUUCCACCUCAUGACGUCAGGAAGUUCUUGUUUACAAAUUUCGUAGCAUCCCUUCGAAAAUUUUUUCACAAAGAUAACCAGCUUAUAGCCAUCCGGGAUGAACGAGCAACAAAAACAAGUACUUGACGAAGUUGUUAAAGAAGAACUGAUUCAAAAGUUAGACGAAUUUAGGAAAUCGGACCUUCUGUGCGACGUAACUGUUCGCGCUAAAGGACAAGACUUCCCUGCCCAUCGAUGUGUGUUGUCUGCUGGGAGUCCCUACUUCCGCGCUCUGUUUACAAGCGAAUUGAAAGUGAGAGAAAGCGAAGACAAUCUUAUACAGCUGACAGAGGUAACAUCUGAUGCCUUGACUGAGGUUCUUCAAUUUAUUUACACUGGUAAAGCGACAAUCAACGCGUCUAAUGCACAAGAUGUGGUCAUUGCUGCAGAUUAUUUGAUAAUUCCAAGUCUGAAAUCGAAAGCCUCGCUUUUCCUGGAAGAAUCCAUCAAUGUUUCCAAUUGUCUGGCUUUAGAAUCCUUCGCCUCCCAGUACAGCUGUGAGUCGUUAAAGCAAGCAGCAGUCACUUACUCCCUUGAACAUUUCGUGGCCGUAGCGAAGUCAAGUGAUUUCCAGUCGCUCGAGCUAAGGAAAGUGAAGGAACUGCUUGGUGAAGACAAAAUCAACGUACCACAGGAGGAAGAGGUCUAUGAAGCAAUGAUUAGAUGGGUUAAACAUGACGUGGAAUCGAGAGAAAGUUUUCUUCCCGAGUUACUGAAAUGUUUGAGGCUCUUCUCGAUGUCAAAGUACAGUCUUCGCCAGAUUCUUGAAGAGGAAGAGCUAGUGAAGAGGAACCCCAGUUGUAUGGCUAUUGUAGUCAGUGGACUGGACUACUCUCUGUUUCCGGAUCAAUUCCAAGGCACUUCGCUUACCCCUCGUUUGUCUUUAGGGGAGUAUGAGGAUGUGGUAGUACUCACUGGUGGACUAUCAAAUGGUAGCAACAAACCCUCAAACAACACUCACUGUUUUGUGCUCUCAACAAAGAAAUGGCUUCAUUCUUUACCUGCAAUGCCAAACUCCGGUAACAGUCUUGAUGCUGCAGUCUGUGGGGGACUCUUGCAUGUGGUGAUAGGUAGAUAUACUUCUAUAUAUGUUCAGAGUUUUAACCCCAAACAAAGGAAAUGGAACUCAAGUGAUGAAUAUACGGCUAGCAACAGCAAAGACUUUGUAGUGACCAGUCUUGAUGAGCUACUGUAUGUUACAGGAGGUGAGGAUAGCUGGUGUAAGACACAAGUCUACAAUCCUGUUCUUGGUGAAUGGAAGCAGUUGGCACCAAUGAAAGCAGGUCGUGCAGCUCAUUGUGCAGUUGUGCUGCAGAAACAAAUCUAUGUUAUAGCAGGUCACAAUGGUGAAAGUUGUCAUAAUAGUGUGGAGUGUUAUGUCCCGUCAACCAACCAGUGGAAGGGAAUUCCAAGUAUGUCAAAAGCUCGCGUGUCUCCUGCUGCAGCAACAGCCCAUGGGAAAAUUGUUGUUGUCGGGGGAUACAGUGACUUGUCAGCUUCAUUGAACACUGAAGUCUCCUGUGAGAUGUUCGACCCCCGCACAAAUGAGUGGAGCCUGGUUGCUAGUCCUGCUUUUCCACGUGCUGCCUGUGACAUUGUGAGCAUGGAUGACAUAAUUUACUUAUUUGGUGGAAGAAAUGAAGAACACUUUUUGAAAACUGUGGAGCGUUUUGACAUACAACGCAAUGAAUGGCGUGAAGUUGCUCUUAUGCCAGAUAGUCACCAGCGUUCACACCUUAAAGCAUCAUUGCUAAAAUUACCCAGAAAGUUUAUAUCAUAAGUAAACUGAUAGCAUACGUCCACCUGGAUGAAGGGUGUGGUACAAGAAUGGUAUGCAGUGUGUAUUUACAUGAGUUUUAGUUGAUUGUGCAUUGUAACCUGUAGUUUUACUUUAAAGUUUUGCUCAGAAUCCCAUCAUCUUUCAGUCUACAGUUUGUUCAUGUACAAGUUUUCAUGCACCUUAUGUCCUAGCAAGGUGAGUAAUUCUCUAGUCACAACUAAAAUCAUUCAAAAAAAAUCUCCUAGUCAUUGUUAUCAUGGCCACCUGUUUAACUGGUAAUACAAGGAGCUGAAACAAAAGGUUGAUGCUUGAAUGAUUUCUUUUGUUAAACAAGGCAAAUAUAUGAAAUUUGGCUUCGUUUUUGCAGAGAAGUGGCUAUUAGACAAAACAAGAACACUUGAUUGCUAGGUAGUCUGUGUUCCACCAGUGUAAGCGAAAGAUUCAACUUAAAACUCAUGUGGUGAUGAUGUUUAGAGGGACAUAAAACAGCCCCAGAAGUAGCAGGGCUUAGUAAUCAAAAUGAAUUUUAGUAUAAAUUCACUUGCUCACUGAUACAAAUGAUGCAAUUUGAUUAGUUAAACUUACCUGCAUUGUCAUCCUUAAGUGUGCAAUGGCUGGAGGUCACACUGGCAGCCUUCAUAUCUUUCCAAAGUUUCGGAGGAGCAGUAAAUAGCAACAUAAUUCUUGAGAGGACUACAGAAGAGCAUUCACCAUUACUCAACUUAAUAAACUUGAGAUUGCUUAAAAAAUAAGUGAUUAGCGCAUGCCGACAACUGCAGGUUACAAAAAGACAAUUCAGUCUACCUGAUUUUGCUAAGUGUACAUGUAAGUUUUAUGCGUAACCUAGAUAAAUCGUUUUUAGAAGUCAAGAGUGGAUAAUCUCAUUUUUUUAAUUAUUGUUGAAGACCAGAAAGAGACUUACUACAUUUAGGAAGCUCAUUGAGGGUAAUUUGUUUUCGGGGUUGGGCGGUCCUAGUACUACUGGAAUUUUACAGUACUUUAAACAAAUUCCAGUAAACAGUAUUUCAUGCCAUUUUUGUCCUGUCCAAUAUGCACAGCUUACUGAGAGAUGGUCCAUACAUUUUGGUAUAAAGAAAGAGAAAUAUAAGCAAACAAAAUUUUCAUUAAUAGAAAUUCUAGACUCAGUUAUUGGGUUGCAAAUGCUUUGUAAUACUACAUAAUCAGGGGAUAUCUGAUGGCCAUGAUUGAGCAGGAUGUGUUUCAUUCAGAUCAUUUUAUGUACAGAAAAAUGACUUGGAGGCUGCUGUGGUUUGCAACAUGUUAUCAAGUCUUCUUGAUAGUGCUUCCAAAUUCACUUU